UAUUAGCUAUAUUGUUAUAAUACAUCAUCUGCAAAAUAUAUUAUCUCAUUAUUACUUUUGUCUCUUUUACUCAACACUUAUUAAUUGAAGAUGUUCACCAACCAUAAUGCAAAGACAUAGCUUAUUAAUAUUAUUUCCAUUGCACUGCACCUAGUCAAAGGCAUAAGCUUCACUUCAAAUCUCACAGUUUCAUUCAUCCCCUCUCUUCCCUAUUCUUAUCAUGGCAGCUACCAGUGUCCUUGUUUCUACUUUCCUCGAGAGGACUAUCGACACUUUGGCUUCCCGUCUUGUUCACAUAUUUCAUCAAAGAAAGCACAAGAAGCAACUCAGCAACUUGAAGAUGAAGCUCCUUGUCAUUGAUGUUGUGGCUCUUGAUGCAGAACAAAAGCAGUUCAAAGAUCCACGCGUUAGAGAUUGGCUUCUUAGGGCCAAAGAUGUUGUGUUUGAUGCAGAGGAUCUCUUGGAUGAGAUAGAUUAUGAGCUCUCCAAAAGCCAGGCGGAAGCUCAGUCUCAGAGUGCUACUAACAAGGUGUGGAAUUCCCUGAAUUCUUCUUUUGUCAGUUUCUUUGAAAUAGAAAUUGAAUCUAAGAUGGAACAAGUCAUUGAGGACCUAGAAGAUCUUGCAAAAGAAAGCAAUAUUCUAGGUUUGGAAAAGAGUGGUGGUGUUGGGGUUGGAUCAGGAUCGGGUAGUAAAUUAACAUAUACAUCUUUGCCCAAUGAAAGCUUUAUCUAUGGCAGAGAUGAUGACAAAAAAUUUGUCUUUAACUGGCUCACAUCGGACACUCACAACAACCUAUCUAUACUUUCUAUUGUGGGCAUGGGUGGGUUGGGUAAGACCUCUCUUGCUCAACAUGUAUUCNNUGACCNAAGGCUUGAAGGUAAAUUUGAUAUGAAAGCUUGGGUUAGUGUUCCACAGGAAUUUGAUGUUCUCAAAGUAUCAAAAGCAAUUCUUGGUACAAUUACUGGUUCAACUGAUCAUAGUAUACAACAAGAAGUGAUUCAGAAAAGACUGAAAGAAGAACUUAUGAGGAAGAAAUUUCUUCUCAUCUUGGAUGACGUUUGGAAUGAAAACCCAUUUAAAUGGGAAGAUGUGCAAAAACCCCUUGUUUUCGGAGGCCAAGGCAGUAGGAUUCUUGUCACUACUCGGAGUGAGAAGGUUGCUGCUGCCAUGCGAUCAGAAAAGCACUUCUUGCAGGUAUUAAAAGGAGAUGAUUGUUGGGACUUGUUCGCAAAGCAUGCAUUCCAAAAUGCUAAUACUCAAGCAAAUACAGAUUGCAAGGAGAUUGGUAAACAGAUAGUUGAAAAAUGCAGAGGACUUCCACUAGCCUUGAAAACAAUGGGAAGUCUUUUACACAAUAAAUCAUCCAUAUCAGAAUGGGAAAAUGUAUUAAAAAGCGAAAUAUGGGGAUUAGAGGAUAAUGAUCUUAUCCCUGCUUUAGCACUGAGCUAUAACCAUCUUCCGUCCCAUCUCAAGAGAUGCUUUGCUUACUGUGCUUUAUUCCCUAAAGAUUAUGAGUUUGAUAAGAAUGGCUUGAUUCAAUUGUGGAUUGCUGAAAAUUUUGUACAAUUCCAUAAUCACAGAAGUCCAGAAGAUAUAGGUGAACAAUACUUUGAUGAUCUACUAUCAAGGUCUUUCUUUCAACAAUCAAACAGAUAUAAAACAUGUUUUGUCAUGCAUGACCUUUUAAAUGAUUUGGCAAAAUAUGUUUGUGAGGACAUCUGUUUCAGAUUGGGAGUUGACAAAACAAAAGGUAUUCCCAAAACAACCCGUCAUUUUACAUUUGCAACCAAUCAUGUGGAAUAUUUUGAUAGAUUUGGAAGUAUACAUGAUGUUGAAAGGUUACACACAUUUAUGCCAACAGAUUGGAGUUGGCAUUGCAAGAUGUCGAUAGAUGAUUUAUUCUCCAAGUUUAAGUUCUUACGUGUCUUGUCUGUGUCUAACUGUUCUAACCUUACAAAGGUGCCUGACUCAAUAGGCAAUCUUAAGCAUCUCCGCUCAUUAGACCUCUCCAACACUCACAUAGAAAGAUUGCCUGAGUCAACAUGUUCACUCUACAACUUGCAAAUACUGAAGCUCAACAAUUGUCCACUAUUGAAAGAACUGCCAUCAAAUUUACACAAACUCACCAAUUUGCGUCGUCUUGAAUUUAUGGAUACUGAACUGUUAAAGGUGCCAGAACAUUUGGAAAAACUGAAGAAUCUUCAAGUAUUCAUGAGUUCGUUUGAUGUUGGAAGCAAGGAAUUCAGCAUUCAACAACUAGGACAACUCGAUCAUCAUGGAAGGCUAUCAAUUGGGGAGCUGCAGAAUAUUGAGAACCCCUCCGAUGCAAAAGCAGCAGAUUUGAAAAAUAAAACUCACCUUCGGGAGCUAAUGUUAAAAUGGAAUAGGGACCAGGUCCCAGUUGACGCAUUGAAAGAAAGGGAUGUAAAUGUCAUGCAGAAUCUCCAACCUUCCAAGUACUUGGAGAAGUUGUCAAUCAGCCACUAUGAUGGUACAAAAUUUCCAACAUGGUUUGGAGAUUAUUCAUUAUUGAAUGUGGUUUCAUUAAGCUUGUUCGAAUGUAAACAAUGCAAAUGUUUGCCUUCCCUUGGACAUUUGCCAUUUCUCAAGGACCUCACAAUAUCAGGGCUUGAUGGGGUAGUAGGUAUUGAUGCUGACUUUUAUGGGAGUGGCUCUUGUUCGUUUCCGUCCUUGGAGACAUUGAAAUUCUCCCGGAUGAAAGGAUGGGAGAAAUGGGAUUGUGAAGCCAUGAGAGGUGCUUUUCCACGUCUUCACCAUCUUGCUAUAGAUUAUUGUCCCAAGCUGAAAGAGCGCCUGCCAGUGCAAAUUCUUCAAUUUGAGACAGUUUAUAUUCGGCACUGCAAACAACUUCUGGGGUACGAUGGAAUGGUGAAAAUGAAUGGGAAAGAGGUCACCAUUUUUCGAGUACACAACUUGGAAGCAUGGUUUGUGGGAUGGAUCGGGAAAAUGAUAUCCCAUGAUUCUGUUGAAGACUUGAAAGUUUAUUCUUGCCCCAAUAUGAGUAUUUUAAUGAGUCAGCAAUAUAAUUUCCUUGUAAGUUUGACUGUUCAUGACAGCUGUGACUCUCUAACCACCUUUCCUAUAGACUUCUUCCCAACACUCAGAUCGCUUUAUCUCCUCAGCUGUUGUAAUCUACAAACGAUUUUACAUGCUCAUAAUCAUCUCCAGGAUCUAGCAAUCAUUGACUGCCCUCAAUUUGAAUCAUUCCCAGAACGAGUACAUAUCCUGCUUCCAUGUCUUGAAUUCCUAAGCAUACGAGAUUGUCCUAGAUUUGAGUCCUUCGCUGAUGGAUGUUUGCCAUCAAAUAUAAAAAGGAUGUAUCUCACUAACUCCUCCAAACUUGUUGCUUCAUUGAAAGGGUCUUUUGGCGACAAUCCCUCUCUUGAAACGUUGUUUAUUAUUGGAAAGUUGGAUGCAGAGUCUUUUCCUGAUGAAGGUUUUCUUCCACGCUCUCUUACUUCUCUAGGGAUCUAUGAUUGUCAACAUCUUAAAAAACUGGACUAUAAGGGUCUCUGCCACCUCCCCUCUCUCAAGGAAUUGCUUCUAGUUAACUGCCCCAACCUCCAAUGCUUACCAGAUGAGGGUCUUCCCAAAUCCAUUUCAUAUCUUACCAUUUCAGGCAAUUGUCCAUUGCUCAAACAGCGUUGUAAGUAUCCGGGAGGCCAAGACUGGGGAAAGAUUGCUCAUGUUCAAAACCUGUCUAUUUUAUAAAUAUGAACUGAUGUUGAUUUUAUAAAUAAUCAUUUAUGGAACUCUCAAAGGGUUUUCAGGGGUACACUGAUCUGGGAAUUUGUACCUCAAACAUAGCUUAAAUAUAGCCAGGAGUGAAUUUACCUUCUACGUUUUUACUUCUAAUUGAAGUACUGUAUAUGUUGAGUAAUAUGAAAUGACUUUUAUUGCAUUAGGAAACUAUCACUAACAAGAAUAUGGCAUCAUUGAUUCCAAAAAUAGGAGCAAAAAAAUUCUUAAGACUAUAGUUUCAGUUGUGAGUUUUAAAACAGUUUCCAUCCUUUAGAGUCUUGAUUCUCUCGCUUGAAUCUGGAACUUUAG